AUUCAGAAAAGGUAUAUUUAAAAUACAGUCAAUAACUGGGAGAUGAGAUCUGUGUCACUGGAUUAUGGGAAUAUUACCAAUUGGAAAGAUUACUCUGACAUUGCUUUUUUAACAGCGAACAGUGUGGUCUUGCUCUUCACUUCGUGUGUGGGUAUCGCGGCAAACUUAUUUGUUAUUUUAGCAGUGUACCACCAAAAAUCACUGCGUACUUGGAAUAAUGCUCUACUGGUGAAUCUGGCGGUCAUAGACAUUUUCCGUUGCGCAAUUGACUGUCCCAUUCUCCUAGCAAUUCUUUUGACUAACCAACAAGGCUAUGUUGAUGGACUGUUGUGCGAUGCUCAAGUAGUCUCUUUUUCCUUCAGUUUCUGCAUUCAGUUGCUUACCUUAGCAGGCAUAAGUGCAGAGAGAUAUCAGGCCAUUGCGCACCCUUUUCAGACAAAAGAACGCCGAAGAAGGGUUUUAAUUAUGAUUCCCUUCACCUGGUCCAUUGCCAUCCUUGUGGCAGUUUUUUGUUUUACAUCACUGAAAGACUCACCUGUAUAUGUACAAUGCAGAGGACUAGGCGUGGAAAUCCUCCCCUCAUAUGACACCUUUGGACUAUACAUUUUACUUCCGCUAUGGUCAGUUUGUUUUGCUGUCAUCAUUGGAUUCUAUUCUCGGAUUUUUGCAAUAGUAAGAGCACACGGUCGGAAAAUAUUUGACAAGGGUACUGUGCUUAAACAGGGCAAAAGUAAAGAAGAGAAAAAGGAAGAUGACUCAAAGGUCAAUAAUAAAGGUCAAGAGGAAGUCCAUGAUAAAAACAAUCAAACAAAUGAGCAGACAGUAAGUCUGGAGCAGGCAGUCAGUCUGGAGCAGACUGUAGGACUAGAGCAGCAGGUGAUGCCAGGUGAAAUAAAGGCAUCUCAUACAGAUGCUCCAGCUGAUCCCAUUAACUCUCCUAGUAAAACCACCAAAAGUCCGAAGCGUGCAGGUGUGACAUUCAGGGAAGGAGCGCUCACAGUCAUUGAUUUGGACGAGGGGGUGACAGCUCCCUCAGAGCGCCUGGAAGUCAGUGAGCUUGAGCAGCAGCCUGUUAGCUGUGAAGCACAAGACGUUGUAGCUUUACCUGAGACUGAAGCCAUACAGUCUGUUACAAUUAGUGCCCCGGAUCAAAAUGAAGACGUGGAUGGCGCUGUCUGUAUGAUGCCAUCAAUGGCCAGCAAAGAAAGAGCGAAAAAAAAGAAGGAGGGUAAAAUGGCCAAGCGCUCUGGGUACAUUAUUCUCACUUUCCUCAUAUUUUGGAUACCAUUGAUAGUAAUGAUCCUAGUGAACUUUUUUAUCAACAGAGAGAAACAUGCUGGGAUGAAGAUCACUCAGGAUCUAGAAGUUCUCUCUGUCUCUGUUUCCUGUUUGACGUCGGUCAGCAACCCAAUAACCUAUGCUGUAGUCAACCCUCAGUUUAGGACAGUGUUUUAUACCUUCAGAAAUAAAUGUAAAUCCUUUUUUUCGGGGUAGAUUUCCCCUGUAG